AUGGAUCGUUGGCUAAACAAAUCAAAAACUACAGUGGGAUCAUCCUCGUCAGAUGCAAAUGAGAACAUAUGUAUCGCAACGGCUAAUAGUGCGAGUUUAAUAAGAGCAAAUAGUCCGGCUAACAAACAUGCUGAUACAGUGACAUCUGACACUACAGUAAGUAAAAAAAGAAAAUAUGACGGAAAUGAUGUCUCUUUUGGUUUCAUACACGAAAAUGGUUAUCCACAGUGCGUUGUAUGUAGUAAAGUUUUUCCCGAAUAGUUCAAUGGUGCCAGCCGAAUCGCGUCGUCGUCUGGAAACUAACCGUGAAAACGUGAAAGAUAAACCUGUUGAUUAUUUUAUUCGAUUGCGUGAUCAACUUUUAGAAGAAUAAGAACAUUAUAGCCGAAGUGUCAAAAACGACAAAUGCAAAAGCAACAGAGGCAUCUUAUAUGGUCAGCUAUCGUAUAGCUCAGGCUGGUAAAGCUCGUACAAUCGCCGAAAGUCUCAUCAGACCUCGCGUGACUGAUAUUGUUAGUUGUAUGUUAGAUGAAAAGGCAGUCGAAAAAAUAAAUACUAUUCCACUUUCCAACCACACCGUUAGGCGUAGAAUUAACGAUAUAUCAACUCGCAUAAAAUCUGAAUUAAUAUCUCGUCUUAAAUGCAAUCAUUUUUCUUUACAAACGGACGAAUCCACUGACGUUUCUGGAUUAGCUGUGUCGCUUGUAUUCGUUAGGCAUAAGGUAUAUUAUAUGGUUUAGACUCGAAACCAUAUGAUAUUGUACUAUGUUCUGUAUUCGUUUUUCUUAUCUUAAACUCUUUAAGAGCCUUUUAACAGUAAGCAUAUAACUUCCUUGUUCUACCUUUGAUCUGUCUCUAUAUAUCGUAAUACAUUAACGCCAAUAUUUCCCAUUUGCUCCGGGUAUUCUUUAAUCCAGCUACCAACACUCGUUGUUGAUCUGCUCCGUAGCUCCGAUUUUCCGCGCAGCUUACGUUUGCGCAAGGAAUGUGGAAUAUAA